AUGGCGUUAUUUCUACGCCUAUGUUUCUCACCAUCUCUCUUCAACUUUCUAGCCUUUCUGUUUUUAAUAACCUCUCCCCCUUUGACUCCCACUCUCACACUAUUGAUCUGUCCUCCAUUCUUUCUCCUUCUCUUUUUCUUCUUUGCUUGCCUCUCACUGUCACCCAUACAAACUCUCUUUAUACUUACUUCGUUCUUUCCCCGUCUCUUCUUCUUUACUAGCCUUCCUCUCUCAAGCAUACACGCUCUCUUUAUUUCUCAGUCACAGUCUUUCUACUCCUUUUCUUUACUAGUCUCUCUCUCUCUCUUUUCCAUACCCACUCUCUGUAUUAUCAUUCAUUCUUUCUCCUCCUUUUUCUUCUUUACUAGCUCCUCUCUCACACACAUACACACUCUCUUUAUUCAUUCUUUCUUCUCCUUUUUCUUUUUUACUUGCUCCACACUCUCUUUAUUUUUCUUUCAUUCUUUCACCCGCUCUUUUUUCUUCUUUACUUGUCUAUCUAUAUCUCUCUAUCACAUACGCACUCUCUUUAUUCUUACUUCAUUCUUUCACCUUUUUUUUACUUGCCUUACAUGCUCUCUCUCUCUUCUCACACUCUCUUCAUUGUUUCUCUCCUUUUUUUUUCUUUUACUCUCUCUCUCUCACACUCUCUUUAUUUUUACUUCAUUGUUUCUCCUCCUUUUUUCUUCUUUACUUCUCUCUCUCUCUCUCUCUCACACACAUACACACUCUUUAUUCUUACUUCAUUCUUUCAACCUCUCUUUCUUCUUCUUUACACGUCUCUCUCUCUCUCUCUCACACACACACACAAACACACUCUCUUUAUUCUUACCUAAUUCUUAA